AUGAUGCAUUACGGCCACGCCAACGCGCUUCGACAAGCCAAGGCGCUAGGCGACGAGCUCGUGGUCGGAGUGGUGUCAGACGAGGAGAUCCUCUUGAAUAAGGGCCCUCCCGUCGUGUCGCUUGAAGACAGAGUGCGCAUGGUGCGGGAGGUGAAGUGGGUGGACGAGGUAGUAGUAGGCACGCCGUACUGCAUCACCCCCGCCUUCAUGCACCGCCUCUUCACGCAUCACCGCGUCGACUUCAUCAUCCACGGUGACGACCCCUGCCUGCUUCCCGACGGCUCCGACGCGUACGCGGAGGCCAAGCAGGCGGGCCGGUACCUCGAGGUGCGCCGCACGGAGGGGAUCUCCAGUACGGAUAUCGUCGGCCGGAUGCUGCUCUGCGUGGGCAGCCGCACGGCCGCCACGGAGGCGCAGCAGCAGCAGUCGCUGGAGCGCGAGUUUGCCCACACGGGGUCGCCCUCGCCCUCGGAGCAAUGUAACCGCCCUGGAUCUCCCCGUGUUGGAUCGCCGUCGCUUCCGCCUCGACUUUCCUCUCCGCUCCUACCCGCUGCGAUGCUCUCCGCCUCCCCUGUUCCAUGCUCGCCCCUGCGACCGUCUCUCCUUCCGUCCUCCUCCCCUUCCCAAGCGCCAUCUACUGAAGCCGCCUCGUCACCUGCGCAUGCCUCUGCCGCUCCACCCCUCCACCGCGACUCUCCCCCAUCCUCCCCAGCCCACCUGUCCAGCUCCCCCGCGCCCCUCCCCGCGCACUCCCCUCUUUCACUAGCGCCCGCGCUACCCUCCUCCCCUUCCUGCGCAUCCCUCCCCUCCUCCGCCUCCUCCGGCUCACUCUGGGGGCUCUCCGCCUCCCCCUCCUCCUCCGCCGCCUCCUCCCCCCUGCUCCCCCCGUCCCUUGCGCCCCUCGCCUCCGCGCGCGUGUCGCGCUUUCUCCCCGCCACCUCCACCGUGCUCGAGCUCAGCAGCCACCAGCCGCGCAGCAUAGACCCAUCGGCGCGCGUGGUGUACAUCGAUGGGGCGUUCGACGUCUUCCACAGCGGCCACGUGCAGACGCUACGAGCAGCCAAGGAGCUGGGCACGUUCCUGCUGGUGGGCGUGCACAGCGACGCCACAGUGCGGGCGAACCGAGGGCAGCACCACCCCAUCAUGGGCAUGCACGAGCGCUGCCUCUCGCUGCUCGCCUGCCGCAGCGUUGAUGAAGUCGUGCUGGACGCCCCCUGGGUCGUCUCCGACCAACUGAUGGCAGCGUACAACAUCUCCCUCGUCGUGCACGGCACUGUUGCCGAGUCCAACCCCCUCUGCCAGGUACCCUCCCCUGCCUGCUUCUCUCCUUCCCUCUCUGCCCUGUGCCCCAUGCCCCGUGGGGCAAACUGUGCUUUGUUUACUGGUUCUCUUGUUGCUGACUUUAUGUACGUCUCCUCACUCCCUUAUGGCACAUGCAUCUUAUGCCUGCCCUUGAGCUCCCUGCCAUGCUACUCUUUGCCCCUCGCUUCCCGUCUCCCUCCCUUCACCCCCCUCUACCCCCAAUCCACGUUUCCACCGUCUGCUGCUGGAUUGGCGUACGGCGGUCCACCAUCCCAUCACCACCAUCACAGCACUUGCAAUUUGAGGACCACUACCGGUACCUCCGUUACCAUAAAUGUCACCUGUUGUGUGUGUGUGCUGCCUCUCCAUUCCCCCUCAUGGCAUCUCUGCUACCUCUCGUCCGCUCACUGCCUUGCUGCUACCUCGCUCCCUUAUCCCGCACGUGGCUGCUCUCCCUCCCCCGCCCCUCGCUGCAUCGCUGCUGCAGCGCCGGCAUGCCAAGAAGGCAGUGAGCGAGCGGGAAUACAUGGAAGCAAAGAGGGCCCGAGCAGCCGUUGCCUCCUGACACUCGCGCCACUUCUGCCCCUCUUCACUGCUGCACCUGCGCUGAAGUGCGCUCAUUAG